AUGACGUCUAAAUUUUCCUUUCCCUUUUCAUGUGUUCUCUUUCUUGUUUUUUUCGUAUCAUCAGUCUUUUCGCAUUUUCAGUACCCUCAUUUAGAACCAAACGGGUUAUUGGUUAAUAACUCGGAUGCAUCACCUUUUGGGUUUCUUAAAAACAUGCAGGGGUGUGGUAAGGGCGAGAAUGUAAAAGGCAUCCGUGACCUUAAACGAUAUCUUGGUCAUUUUGGAUACUUAAACUACCAGAACAACCCUGAUGUCACGCAUCCUGAAGAGGACCAUUUUGAUGACGAGCUUGAGGCAGCCCUCAAAUCGUACCAGGUCUUUUACCAUCUGAAUGACACUGGGAAGCUUGAUGGGCCAACGGUAUCGAAGAUGGUGAUGCCUCGUUGUGGGUUUCCUGAUAAGGAAACACACCAACAUAGCAAUAACUCUUUACAUACAGUCUCUCAUUAUCGAUUCUUUCCAGGUAGACCAAAAUGGCCCAAGGGAAAAAGACAUCUAACGUAUGCUUUUGGAUCACGUUUCCCUACCCGAUUCAUGCCCCCUGUUGCGCGAGCUUUUAGCAAAUGGGCUAUUGCUUCUAGAUAUUUUACAUUUUCAAGAGCUAGAACUUACCGUCGUGCUGACCUAAAGAUUAGUUUCGCACGUAGAGCCCAUGGAGAUGGGGCCCCAUUUGAUGGGCCUGGUGGAGUGUUGGCCCAUGCUUUUGCACCUACAGAUGGGAGGUUCCAUUAUGAUGCAGAUGAUCGUUGGGUCAUCGGAGCUGUUCGAAAUGCUUAUGAUGUGGAGACAUUGGCGUUACAUGAAAUAGGACACCUACUUGGGCUUGGUCAUAGCCAAUUUCAAAAUGCAAUAAUGUGGGCUUCCUUCAAAUCAGGAGUAACGAAACGUUUGAAUUCAGAUGACAUUCGAGGGAUCAGGUCUCUAUAUAGCAGUUAGCUUCUUCUACAAACUGAAAGACCGAAAGACAUUUGUUAUGCUAUAUGUAUGUUUUCAGUGUGCAUCUUAUAAGAAGGGAAUUAUUCCUAACACAAUACUACUUGUUUUCUUUCCACU